GCUGCGCCGCGGCGCUGCGCUCGGCGUCGCGGCGGAACACAGAGGCAAGAUGGCGCCGGUGCUCAGGCCACCCGUCGCUCGGGGACACGAGUGAGACGUUCCGGAAUCGCUGUACACCGGGCUUCCACCGGCGACCGGCAGCACCGUGGGAGGGACGCGAAGUGAGUGAGCUACCAGCGGCGUCGAUGGCGGUCUGAUUGGCAGCGGGCCCGGGCCCACCGCGAGAGGCGAAGAGCAUGGACGAAAACAGCGGCGGUUGCCUGUCGCCGGAGGAGGCGGCAGCCGCGGCUGCUGGGGCCGAUGAGGAGGAGGGCGCGGAGGAGGCGGUUCGUGGCGAAGAGGAGGUGGCACCCCCCUCUCCCUCGGCGGCCGUGGUGGUGGCGGCGUCCCCCGUCAGCCCCCAAGAAGCGGCGGCCGUGGUGGUCGCCGAGGAGGAGGAUGACGACAUAGAAGAGGGCGAGGAGGACUCAGAGCGGCAUGCAGUGCGCUCGCCGCUCGACGCCGGCUCCGAGCAGUCGCCCGAGCUGCUGCAGGCGGCCGACCUCUCGGUGCGCGACGACUCGCCGUGUGGCGAAGUCGGCGCCGACGAAGACGACCUCGACGACCCCGUGAGUCCCGCCUCGUCGACGGGCAUGAUCGACGCUUCCGAGUUCCGCGGGCUCGACCCGGGUUCUUACCCGGGUCGCAUGUCGCCCGGCGGUUUCUCGAGCAGCAGUUACGCGACGCUGACGCCGCUGCAGCCGCUGCCUCCGAUCUCGACCAUGUCGGACAAGUUCUCCCACUACGGCCACCACCACCAACACCAUCCAGGGGCCAACGGUGGCUUCGCGCCGCUCGCCAUGGGCAUGGGAGGCUAUUCGCAAUACGACAAACUUGGUGCCACCAUGUCCGGUGCGAUGAACAUGAGCCCGCCGCACGGCACAGCGCCCAUGCUGGGCGCCGGCUCCGCUCUGCCGUCGCCGCCUCCUUACUCGCAGAACGGCCUGAGCGUCGACAAGGGACUGAACGGAUACGAAGCGGCAGCAGCGGCAUCCUACGGUGGAUCCUCGGCGCCACAGAGAGAGCUGACACGGCUCGGAUCGCCCCAGUCGCCGACGAGCCUGCACUCGCCCAUGCUACCGGCCCUCAACGGCCUGUCACCGCACACGCCUCCCCAGGCGCACCUCGCGGCACCUGCCACACCGCCGCAACCGCCGCAGCCGCCGCCCGCGCCGCAACCGGAACCGAAACCGGCGCGGGUACUGCUGCCAGUGGUGAGCAGCAACGCGCUGGGACAGGUGGUCGUGUGCGGAGCCAAGGCGUCCGUGGUGUCGUCGAGCCUGGUGCUCAGUCCGACCAAGGCGAUCCACCCUGCCGCGGUGAUCACUCAGCAGGUCACCCACCAGCAACAGCAGCAACAGCAGCAGCAGCAACAACAACAGCAGCAACAACACGCGGCCCAAGUGAGCGCCGGCGGUGCGUCCAGUCCCGCCGACGAGGCGGAGGAGAUCAACACCAAGGAACUGGCGCAGCGCAUCAGCGCCGAACUGAAGCGCUACAGCAUUCCGCAGGCCAUCUUCGCGCAGCGUGUGUUGUGCCGCUCGCAGGGGACUCUGUCGGACUUGCUGCGCAACCCGAAGCCCUGGAGCAAGCUCAAGUCGGGCAGGGAGACCUUCCGCCGCAUGUACAAGUGGCUCGAGGAACCGGAGUUCCAGAGGAUGUCGGCGCUCAGGCUCGCAGUGAAAAUGAACGCUCAGAGCCCCAAGUUGGACGCCGCUUGCCCUGCUCGCACCAGCAGUUUGUACACAACACACUCAAGUACGUACAUGAGCGACGUUCAUUUGCCGUUUAACUCCUUACCCUUUGCCUGCAAGCGGAAAGAGGAUGCGCCUGGUGGAGCGGGUGCGGCCGGACCGGCGGCCAAGAGUCAGCCCAAGAAGCCGCGUCUCGUCUUUACCGACCUGCAGCGACGCACCCUGCAGGCCAUUUUUAAGGAGACCAAGCGGCCCUCCAAGGAGAUGCAGAUCACCAUCUCGCAGCAGCUGGGACUCGAGCUCAGCACCGUGGGCAACUUCUUCAUGAAUGCGCGCCGCCGCUCGCAGGACAAGUGGCAGGACGAAGCGGACAAGAGCGCCAAGGGAACCUCCACGUAGCGCCCCGCCCCAAACACAGCAACCCCGCUGUACACCGCUGCCCGCCCUCCCGCCCGCCUCUUCGUUCGACGUGGCAGCUUAGGCAUCAUUGGAACAGACCCUCAGUACCAACCCCGAACAGCCUCUUCGACACUGCACACCGCGGCGAUGACUACUUGCCACUACGGACAAGGCAGGCAGGAAGAUGACCUGCGCAGCAAUAUGUAUCUGUGCACACUGACGUUACCUUCCCGCGCUCUGGACAACUAAGCGGCGUGGCGUGCGCUCCUCGGUAGCGCUGUAGGCGUCCCCAGAUCCCGCCGCCUUCCAGGACUGCGUUCCUCCCUCGAGACGCUCUCGCUGUCCAGGGGAGCGGAGGACACGAAACGAACAAGUGCCCGUCCCCGCCGCUUCGGCGUGGCAUGCAGCGCCACCUUGUGCGACUAAGCGGCCCCGUGUCGAGAGCCUUCUUGAUUGCUGUCGUUGUUGGCCACUACGUGGCGGGCCCUUGAAAGCUCGCGUUCUUGCGGUAACCAUCAGCGCUGGGUGGGAGUUAAACGGUAGUCACGCUGCGCGAACAGAGCAGUGCCCUUUGACUGUGGGUGGUCAGCGGCGCCAUCUGUAUGUCGGCUUUCGCACUACUGUCUGCUGCGACCCGCUGCGACUCCGUGCGCCGGCGCGAGGUGUUCUGCCCGAAACCACUGAGCGCGGACUCCGUGAGGUUCACGAUCCGCGCCAGUGGCAGUAAGCUUCGUCGCACGUGCUGCAGGCUGUAGCUGAUGGUAUGGGCGCCGAAGUCUGUUCGAAGUGUCGGCGUUCUCAAUGUUCAAAGGUCUGCGAGCCAGAUUUAGUCACCUUUGCGAUGCAUUGUCGCAAUAUGUGCUAGAUUGAGCGUGGGAAGAGAUGAGUGAGCCUACAACGCAUAAUCACGCCGAGCCUGACUGAAAUAGCUGCUCUCCGAAUGGUUCGUAGCAAAGAAAGCUCUGCGUUCUUGAGGUAAAUUACUUGUGCUUAAAAUAAGCCCUCAAAAUUUGACAUAUCCAGUGAAAACACGUGGUCUUCCGUGGGGUAUACAGGUCAUAGCCCAAUUUCCGUGUCCCGGGUACGAAAAAAAACAACAUUGUUAGACUUUUCUUCAGACACCGGUCGUGUCUUCAACUAGUUAAAGUUUUAAGUCAGCGUCCUCAAUAAAAUACCCUAAUUGUUAUGUGCACAUGAGGUAGAGAUGUGCUAGCACUGUGUUUCAAUGCGAACUUCUAAGGAAAGGCAUUUGUUUGACAUCUAAGUCAAAAGAGAGCAUAUGA